AGCGGCGAAUGAGGAGGAAGUGAUAUGGUUACGAACGAUGAACGAUGAACCCUCCCGAGCCGUCGCAGUAUCAGCUUGCUCGUGCAUCCCAGCACCUGGCUGCUGGUGGCGUAAUCCCGCUGGGCCAGUCUUCUUCCCGGGCGUCAAAUUUCGCCCUGUAUCAUGGCUCCCCUGCCCUGCCCAGUUUGGGACAUGAGGCAACGUAUCGAUCGCCCGCAGGUGCACAAGGAGCGUUGCCUUCUCCUCCUCCUCCUCCUCCUCCUCCUGCUGCUGCUGCUACUUCGUCAUCGUCUUCUCUUUCUCCUUCGUCUCCUCCUCCCUCUUCUCACAUUGCUUCUUCUUCUUCUUCAUCUUCCUGUUCUUCUUUCUCCUCCUCUUCCUCUGUCUCCUCUCCCGUUGCCCCGCACCUUGCGAGCUUAUCGCAGGCGAUCUCCCCUGUGGAGGGAGGUGGCUACUACUCUCCCUUCGGAGGACUUACUAUGCCGUCCGUCGGGAGCUCUGCUUCCUCGUUCCUUACUUCGUCACCACCCAUUUCAAUUUCUCACCUUCCCCCCUCCCACCACCCGGGGGUAAUCGGCGAACACUUGGCACGAAAUGCAGGAGUCGCUGCCGAAAAUCCAUCAGCUGCACAAGAGAUUGGUAGAGCGGGGUUGCUGGAUAUACUGCGCCGUGGAGAUUCUGGAGUGAGGCAGUUGUUAACGACAGAGGAAGGGCAAGAUUUUGCUAACGUCGCAGCAGAAGGAGCUGGAGGAGGAGUAAUCGGAGGUGGGGGCGUGACGGAAAAGGAUGCUCUAGCACGUCUGGCGAUGGCCAAGACGGGUGACAAGGUGGGAGGUUUCUGGGGCCAAGCGAGCGACGUGGCGAUCUCCCCGCCGGUUCCGCCGGUCCCGUCAUUGCCGCUCCGAGUGGGCGGGUGUGGUGGUGCGGUGGCCGAGAGAAGGGAGGUGAUUGCUGUGCCCGCGACAGCUGCUUGUGUUGCGGAGAGUCAUCUGCAACAGCAAAAGCAAUGGCAUCAGCUUCGUCCGUUGGUAGGAACCACUGCAGGUGGGGCAGAGGUCUGGGGAGAAGAGGAGAAAGGGGGAACAAGUAUGAGAAGCGGGGCCGCAGCGAUGGCUGUGCUACAGCUACAGCACGCGGAGGGGUCUAUUUACUCUCCGCGUCUGGCCUCGGCGCUUUGGACGACGACGACUCUCGGGGCUUCUUUGCCAACUCCCGCUCUCCCUCUGCAUCCUCCUCCCUCUCCGCAUCAGACGGCGGCUGCUGCCAUUUCACCGGCAUCGAAAUCGGUCUUCAGCUCCAGCCAGUUCUCGGUCCCCAACCUUCGCGCGACCACGUCUUCAGAGGGCGGAGGAGGUGGCGGAGGAGGAGGAGGAGGGUUGAAUGGGAGAUCUGUCCAGCAAGCGGGCCAGGGGCAGCAGUCGAACUCCGAGAGACAGGGAAGAAGAGCCGGAGGAGCGACGAGAGGUCUAGGGGUCGGUGUUGUAAGAGGAGGAGGGUACCUGGAGUUGGGCAGGUAUCACCCGCAGAUGCAGUUCGUGAAUGGUAUCUCGACGUCGUCGCCGGCGGCGUCGGAUACGCGCGAGACGUUUCAGGGGCAACAAGGUGGGGGAGCAGGAUGCGGAAGAACGCAGCAGAGACUAUCGCCGAGCAUGACAGCAAUGAUAGGAAGUACACUGCAAGCUGAUCUGCAGUCGCUGCAGCAGCAAGAACAGCAGCAACAACAGGAGCUAAGGGCGCUGCUGCUACAUAGACAAGAACAGGAGAGGCUAGAGAGAGAAAGAGAGAGGGAUUCCGACAGGAGGAAGCUCGCACAGACACGAGUAGUCGAAGGAUUUCCAUACGGCUGCAGUUCGCCAGCAGCGGCGGCGGCGGCGGCGGCGGCGGCAGCGGCGCUGGGUUUCGCAGAUGUCAAGGGCUCAGCGACGAUGCCAUCGAAGAUGGCGCAGAAUCUGGCGGCCACGGCGAGUACAGCCACCCCGGGAGGAGGGCCUCACAAUCCACAAGCUCAGUUCUAUGGCAACGGUGUAGAGCUUCUACGGCUUUUGCAGGGGGGAAGUCCUGCGCUACUGACCUCGUCACCAUCUCCGCCUCCUGCUCUUCCGACGCCAUCUUCUCGUCCUCUUACCCCUGCACCGCCGUCGACGGCGAGUGGUUCCCCGUCUCAUGCUGUUCGUGGCGGCGGUCUGCAGCAAACGGCGGGAGCAGAGGGAGGGGGGGGGGAGGUGGUUGCAGGGAUGAUUCAAGCUCUGGGAGGUGGAGAUGCAGCGCCGGGAUCUCCAUUGCGGCCAGGUUCGGGGAGGGAGUCGUCCGCUCUGACGACGGCGGCCGGAGGGAGUGCAGGACAGUCGUUGCUUCAAGUAGGAGGGAGGGUUAGCCCCGGUCUCAGCCAUAGCCACAGGGUCGGGAUAGCUCACGGACCUAUCGGACCUCCCCGUCGCUCGGAGGGGGGGUUUAGCAAAGAUGGGUUGGGAUCCGGCGGUCGAACAGAUGGAGGAGUUGGAGAUGCCUUGUCGCUGGGGGAAGGCUCUUCGGCCGCGUCGGACGAUUUUCUGGGCAGACUGUGGACAUCGCCGCUCACACCGAAUCCUUCACCGAAAUCGGCGGCGGGUUCGUCGCCCGUCAGCCCGUCGACUGGUCGUUCCAGCGGGAGCAGCGUGGGGUCAACCAGUCCAACGACGCCGGGCACGCGCGGGAGAACUCCCUCCCCCUCCCCUUUGCUAGUUGAAGGUCUCCGGUCCAGCUGGGGAAGUACCGGCGCGGCAAACGGGGUUACUGCUGGAGGAGGUGGGCUGAUUGCUCCGAUGGGUGCAGCACUCGGAAGCGGGUUCUGUGUCGGGAUGGGGGGUGGGCUUGUGACCAGCGCAGGUGUAGGAGGGCCGGGAUAUGGAAUGACUCUUGUUUCCUCCGCACUCGGUCCGGGAGGAGGGCCAGCAGCAGCAGCAGCAGCAGGAGGGGGAGGAGGAGGAGGAGGUGGGAACACUGUUGGAGCCGGGCGUGGAGAUGCUCUCGGGGCUAUCGGGUUGAGAGGGGGGAUAGGCGGGACACUGCCUUCCUCCGCGGCAAUGACCAGCCUGAUUGGGCAGGGCAUGGGGAGCGGGUCAAUGGGCCUAGGAGGCGGUAGUGGUCCCAGCGCCCCGACAGCUUUGGGGGGGGUCGGGGUCGGGGCCGGAGUAGCUGGAGAUCUCACGACCGGGGUAGGGCCACCUCUAGGACCGGGCGCAUUUGGGUUGGGUGUUGGCAUCACACCCGGGUUCUUGCAGGGGUUGGGAGUUGGAGUAGGCGCUGCCAGUUUCAUUCCGGCGUCCCUAGGUGUAGGAGCGGCGGGAGCAGCGGCCGCAACAGCAGGGGUAGCAGGAGUAUCAGGAGUAGCAGCAGGAGGAGGCGGCGGCGUUCGCCUAGCUGCAGCAUCUCCUUCCCCUCUGCUCUACGCCGGCAACGACCAACAUCUUCAGCAGCAGAUCCAGGAAGGGGGGAUGUUCGCGGGAGAGGCUUUCUUGACUGACCUUGGACUGAUCGGUCGACCCGAAGGAGGAGUUGGCGGGGCACUGACUGUGGAAGGGGGGGCGCCGACAGGGGGUACGGGUCUGGCAGCCGGAAUCGUAAACCGUCUUCGGAUGUGUGAUCCUGUGGGGACCACAGCCGACCCGAGGUUGGCAGCAAAAGAGUUGGAAAUCAUAGAGAGGGGCCGCAUAAUCAGUGCGCUGGACGAACGGCUGGCGGCGUUGAAUCGCCGACUUGCACUCCAGUCCCUCUCUCAGGCCGGUCCUCCUUCACAAUGCCAUCCGCUUGUUCCGUCGUCUUUGGGGAACCAGCAGCAGCUGAUGUACCGUCAUCACCAUGCCCAGCAGCAGCAGAUGUAUCUUGGGCAUCACCAAGAUCAGCACGAGCAUCAGCAGGCUAUCUUACAACAGAUUCUGCAAACGCAGGCACGAGAGCAAAGCACGCAGGCAUUACUGAUCCAACAAGCGAGUGCACUGACGGGACGAAUGUAUGUGAGGGGAGGAGGUGUGAGAUGUGGGGAAGGAAUGGGGCUGGUUGUCGGUGGUGUGAGUAGCCACGACGUUAAAGGAGCUGGAGGAGGAGGAGCGGGAAGAGCAGGUGGUGGACUUGGAGGAGGAGGAGGAGUAGGAGGUUCUCAUUUAGUACGGGACAACAGCAACAGUGGGACGGACAAUCUAUCUGGAGGCGGGAGCUAUGGCGUCGUCGUUGGGGACGCAUCCGGGCGGGCCGCCUCGCAAGCCGGAAGGGAGGUCUCGUCGCGGGGUGGGAGUAAUCGACGGGUAGGUGCCCGAGGAGGAGGAGGAGGAGGAGGAGGAGGAGGAGGAGGAGGAGGAGGAGGAGAAUGGGGAAGAAGAGGUGGAGGAAGAUCUGGCAGAUUUGGAGGGGAUAGCCUCAACCAGUGGGUGCCGGUCGGAGAGAAGUUUCGCGAGAGUGGAGCGAAGGAAGGGGAGGAGGGACUGACCGCUGCUGUGAGCGAGAUGGGGGGGUCUCUUGAUAAGGAGGGGGAUGCGUGUGGCGGCCUGGAGGAAGGAGGAGGAGACAGAGGAGGCGGUGGGAACGGGGUCGGCAGGGCUCAAGAGGCAGCACCUGCGCUCAACUUCGCGCGAGUUGAUGGGCGGAAGAGGAGGGGAGGAAUGCAGGAAUGGAGAUUGAAGCAACCGCAGCCGCAAGUCACCCAGCAGGUGCAACAGCAGCAGCAGUGCCAGAGUACAGGUCAGGUUCAGGUUCAAGCGUCUUCUUCGUCGGGGUCGAUAGCUCAACAGCAUCAGGAUUUGCAGCUCUCGAUGGGUGCUUCUGAGUUUUCUCCCCUUACUGACGCAGAGAUCGAGGAACACCGUCAGGCCAGUGCUACUGACGAGUAUUAUUCUGAUGAUAGGGCGAAGGGCGUCUGGGAAAGGGUAGAGGGAAGAGAGGGGAACUCACUGACUGAAGGGAGGAUGAUGUUAUCAGCUGCCGUAUCGGUGGCGGCGGCCGCCGACAGUCAUGAUGCGACUGUUAUUAAGCGUGACCGUCAACCACAAUCCCUGUCCGUUGUGAAAAGGCCGGCUCGACAGGAAGAGAGAAAAGCAUGGCAAGAAGUGGGGGAAGAGGAAGAAGACGAAGGACUGAGCACAACCACCGACUUUGGAGAGCGACUGCCGUCGCCCCGUGAUGAAGGAGGUGAUCACGUGAGUCACAUCGGCAAUGACAACAAUGACAAUGAGAGUAAUGACGAUGGCUCUCUGGAGGAGUACGGCCAGGAGAAGGUCACGAACUCGACGAGGGAAGAACGAGCUCAGAAAAGGGAGAGCGGAGUGAGGAUCUCCCCCUCCCCUGCCGCCAUAUCACCGUCUUCGCCUCCGUCGCCAGCGCCUAUCAUAACGAGUCGCAGGACGAAGGAACUGGACGUCAGCCAAAAUGUCGAGGAGGCUAUUGUGAUCCCGGAGGGAGGUAGACUUGUCAGAAGCGUGAGAUUCGCCGGCCUAGACGACUCAUGGAAGAGAGAGAAUUACCGCCUUACGGUGUCUCGUCAACUUCUAGAGCAGCAGGUGCCGAAGAUUGACUCCUCACCUGUCGAUCAGUGGAAAGACUCCGAUCCAAGACAUGCAAGUAACUGGCUGAGCGCUAUCAGAGUGAGCCCGUCUUGGACGAAGAGAGGGGAGGAACAAGAGGAGGGCAAGAGGAAUCCCUUCGCCUCCUACUCUUCCUCCUCUUCCUCCUUCUCCUCCUCCUCCUCCUCGUCUUGCGACACCAGCGAGGGAAUCAGAGAUGCAGAUCGGAACUCGAUGGUGGUGGCGGCGAUGGACCGGGGCCAAAACGGCCUCGACGAUGGUGAUAAGCUGGAGGGUAAGGAUGCAAACGCCAUGAGAUUUGCUAUUAGUCUACCGACGCAUGCUCGGUUUUUGACGAUGAGGAACAACAAUUGGGGAGCAGGGGGAAACAGCAGCAGCAGCAGCGGCGGCAAGAUCCUAGCAGAUGAGCGAAAGGAGGAGGCGGGAGAGAGAUCAGAAGAGGCAAGAGACAAGGGCGCUUAUCGUCAGGUAGGAGGGGUGGAUGGUGUUCUCGUGGAAGAAAGGAGACUGGUGGAGACAUCCCUGGAUCAACACGCCGUUCCUCCAUCAAUAAGGGAAGUGCAAUAUGUGCCGGAGUGUCGUGUGGAGUGCAGAGAGUUGUGUCCUCCUUCCAACUACAACGACCUAUUGCGGAGAGGGGGGUGGUUUUUUGUCCCACCAUUUCCUGCAACAACUACGGUAACCGGUGUUAACGACCUCUCCGGCAAAUGCUUCUUCUUCGAGGAGCGAGAGCAUGUGGAAAAGGCCUACAAUUCCCGCCUCUCCGGCAAAUGCGGCCUCGUAGAGGACCGAGAGCAGGUGGAAAAAAAGGACUACAAUACCACCCAGCGGGGGCGGCGGUCGUACCGGUCUUUGCUUUCCACUGACAGCCGGGCGCGUGAGAACCAGAUGAGAGACUUUCUCCAUCGCUUGGUCUCGAUUGCUAACCGCAGCUGGCCGGGAGUUGUACUAUGGCUGCAUGGAUCUUCGUCACAACGUGCGGCGUCGAGCACGUGUCGUAGCGAUCUGAACGUGCGUGUAUGGGUCGGGAUCGGUGGAGGAGGAGGCGGGAGAAAGGUCAGGCCGGAUCUGUGUGCCCGACGUCAAAGCGAAGUGAGAGAUUUCCUCAUCGGGAUGGAAGGAGGAGGAGAGUUUGAGAGAGGGGGAGGAGGAGGAGGAGGACGACGACGACGAAGAAAAGGAAAAGGAGGGAACACUCGAACGACGGUGCUGCAGCUGGCUAUGGCCGCAACACUGCGACGGAGCAGGAUGCGCUUCGUGCAGACUCUGAGGCAUGCACGAGGGGCAGUCGUCAAAUUUACAGAUCGGUUCAGCCCGAUCUCUUGCGAAAUGUAUAUCCGUAACACAAUGCCGAUGGCCAAGACUUCCAAGUUUGUGCACGAUGACGAGAAGAGGGGCUACCGGCUGAUUGACAAACGGAUCGCCUCUCUCGAGAUAGAUUUGGGCAGAGUGCCCUGGCAUCCACGAGUCUUAUCCAGUGAGCCUCACCAGAAACAAAAAGGAGGAGAAAAUUGGGUGGGGAGCGCUAGCCAAAAGUGACGCUUGGAUGCUACCAAGGACUGACAUGGAGUUCGAAAGGAUCUUAUAUGUGUUUUGAGUAACGAAAAUGGCCUUGAGGUUUUUCCAUCAUGAUUUUUUAUUUGCACCAAAGUAAACCCUGAUAUUGCAUUGUUUGCAUGUGCCCUAGUUCGACAACAAAAGUUGCAGGGGCGUCUAGUGGAGUAAGCAUAGGCGGCGAGAAUGGAAUGAACGUUUAGUGCCACGAGUUUCGAUGGGCAGAAAAGCAAAUCCUGACAUCGCAUUGUUUGCAUGAGCCUUUGGCUGAGAUGAAAAGAUGGAGCAGGCUCGACAAGAACACCCGUGGAGCACAUACAUGGGACUUGUUAAACUGAAUCCAGCCUUAAUUAUGCAGAAAGUACGUGCUGGAAAGUUGUAGUGUCGGUAUGGCCGCAGAAAUCCUACGGGUUAAGUAAAAUCACAUCAGAAUUGAGAGCCUUCUCCUAAAGACUUGAAGCAUUCUUCGGUUGUCGCGAAUCGAACAACCAUACCAGAGGCGAGCCAAGGCUCAUAAAGUACUUUUAAGCCAUGCGAAGAGAGCAAGCAGAUGAGUGUGGCAAUCGUCAGCAGGGUGAGAAGACAGAGAGCAGCACAGAAUGAUGUGGUACUGUUUUCUGGCUGUUUACGUGAUCUUUUGGCUAUUCAAUGGUGACUACGGGGACUUCCAGAGGAUUUUUUCCCCUGCAUGUUGUGCUUUGGCAAACAUGUGCUGCUGCUGCUGCUGCUUCUGCUGCUGCUGCUGUCAAAGUAGUCUGGCGAAGCCGGCAACGAAGUGUUGAAGGGCCAGAAUUUUGCUCUCUUUCUUGUAGGAAAAUUAGUCUCCGCGUUAUCUAGAAGCAAGAAAACGCGGUGGUAAUCUACUAGAGAGUUCGGCCUCCCCGAUCGUGUUCGUUUAUUGGGUGCUUUUGCGAUAUGGAAUGGAGUAUGGGCCGAUCUCCCACAUAACUGUGGCGGAGCAGUGUCACUCAUUGCACGGGCAUACACAGAUUACGCUGAUCGUCUGCAGUCGUCAUCUGCCAGAUGAUCUCCCUUGUAUGGUCACUGAUGGCCUACGAGGGAUAUGAUUGACAAUCGGCAGAGGGAAAGAAGGGGGCGGCGAGGAGGAGGUAUCAUCUUGGUCUCACCUUGCUUCUGUUUUGCCAACACUUCUUUUGUCGUCAUUUUUUUUCCCCCCCUCCAUUUCCAUGAUUUUGUAGCUUACUGGCUAAUAGUGGCUAUGUCAAAUUUUGGUUAGACCUUUUUUUUUUUUUUUUCCAAUUCUUUCUGCCUUUUUUCACCAAGAUAAUGGUUGCGAUUUCAGGGCUCUUGUUAUGGGAUGAUAAACACAUUGUGUGGCUUUGCCCCAUAUU